AUGCGUGGUGGUCGUAGUGCAGCGCACGCGUCACAAGUGUACCACGAGCACGUGCUCAGUCGCGUCGUCUGCUACGGAGACUUUGACGCGCGGUUUGUCAGUUGUGGAGCGAUCUGUGCUAUGUGAGUGACUUGUGAACGAUACGCCGGUGACUUGGAUAGUUUAUUAAGCUUAAAAAUAAAGGUGUCACCAUUGGUGCCGCCAUGACGAACCUCAACAGAAUCCGGGUGGUCGUCCUGGGUAGCUCCAAAGUCGGCAAAUCAGCUGUGACUGUCCGUUACCUGACGAAGAGAUACAUCGGCGAGUACAGCUCCACCACAGAUUUCAUGUACAGACACAACGUCACGUUUGACAGCGUCACCACGGAGGUUGAGAUUCUAGACACGUGUAAAUGUGCCGCAACAGGGUGUCUGUACGAUCACAUACGCUGGGGAGAAGCCUUUGUCGUAGUGUACAGCAUCUGCGACAUGAACAGCUUCAACGACGCUCACACGUUGCUGGACAAACUCAGCAAACUCAAGCUUCCUUCCUACUACACCACACUGUUGCUGGGCAACAAGCGGGACCUAGACCACUCCAGAGCCGUGUGUGUAGACGCAGGCCAGGAGUUGUCUCUGCGAUACUCGUGUCAGUACUACGAGGUUAGUGCUGCCGAGAGUUUCGCAGGAGUGUCCCUGGCCUUCCAGAGUCUUCUGCGAGAGGCCAGAUCAGUUCAGUUACUGAGGGCGAUGCCCAUCCGCCGCAAGCUUGGAGUCAACUCUGUCUCUAAAGUCCUCGGCACCAUCUUCGGCAAGAACAGUAACAAGCGAGAUCGUAAGAAGAGGCCGUCUCUUAGUAUAUGAGAGACUUCUUCUCUGUUCCUACGCUCCUUUUACGUGUCCGAGUCCCCAGGUUCACCAUUAACGCUAGGUCAU